AUGGCCUCUAUUCGCGUUCUUUCCUUCGAUGCUGAGGGCCGUCCCGUGCAGUUCACUUCCUGGCUCGACGACCUGCAGUUGUAUCUUAUGAGCAAUAGCACGGACCACAUCUCCCUCUAUGACUACGCGUCUGGUGCUGCCGCUGCUCCUGCUGCCACAGCCGAGCUUAGUGUUCGUUCCCACUGGCAGACUCGUGACGCAGCUGCUCGCCUAGCCAUUCGCAGUCACCUGCCGCUAGCUGAGCUCGAGCAUUUUGGCGACUGCAAAUCCGCUAAGGCCCUGUACGAUGCUGUCGUUGCUCGCUACUCCUCGCCUGCCACAGCCGAGCUUAGCCGCCUCAUGCUGCCGUACCUGUUCCCCGAUCUGUCCACCUUUGCUACAGUCGCCGAUCUUAUCACCCACCUUCGCACUAGUGAUGCUCGCCUGCGUGCCGCCCUUCCCACCGAGUUCUGCGCUAAGAACCCCCCUCCACUGUACUGGACACUCCACUUCAUAGUCACCCGUCUCCCUGACACCCUCAGCUCAGUUCGAGACCACUUCCUUGCUCGCUGUCCCACUGAGCUCACAGUCACCCUCCUAGAGGAGCAGCUGCUCGCGGCCGAAAAGAGCAUUGUAGCUGUCGGUGCUGCUCGUGGCGCUCCUCGCACCCCCAUCUUUGAGGGGUGUUCUCCCUCUCCCCUCGCUCCCUCCUACGCUGCUGCUGCUGCUGUUGACUUCCUUGGUGCUGAGUCUGUUGGCGCUGCUUCUACUCCUGGUGGGAGGCGCCGCACCGGCAAGGGCAAGGGGGGCAAGGGUGGCGGGGGUGGCGCUGGGGGGGGAGGAGGUGGGGGAGGUGGGGGGGGAGGCGGUGCUGGAGGGAGCGGUGGCGGGAGCGCUGGUGGGAGUGGGGUCGGUGGGGGAAGCGGUUCAACAUUUCUCCCGCGCCACUCUCAAUUCCCUACCGCACACGUGGACCAUACUACAAGCCUGACAACAAAGCCCUAUCCCCCACAAGACUCCACACCUACCAGCAGCAGCUGGGGUGCUUGCACUUUGCAUUAG